AUACUUUUCUUGCUCUUUUUCCGCUACAACUUUGCGCAUAAGUUUUUGUUUUUACGAAAAACUUGCAAACACCCUAAUUCACCCCCCUCUUAGGGUGUAAACCGACUUUCAAUUGGUAUCGGAGCAGGAAGUUUGAUCCUUUCACACUCAUCUCUUAAUUCUUUUUACGACACAUGGAUUCAAUGAACUCCCAAAGCAUUACCAAGCCACCAUUCUUCAAUGGGGAUAACUAUGGCUAUUGGAAAAUGCGAAUGGAGAAUUUCAUUCAAUAUAUUGACUAUGAUUUAUGGAUAGUCACUAUUCAUGGUCGUUUGUUACUACUCCAAUGGACAAACUCACCAUCGACGACAAGAAAAAACUCUCCUUGAAUGCCAAAGCAUUAAACAUGUUGUUUUGUGCCUUGGGUCAAGAUGAGUUUGCUAGGGUGAGCUCUUGCAAAUCCGCAAAGGAAGCAUGGAAGCUUCUAGAAGCCACCCAUGAAGGAGAUAAAGAUACAAAAGCUACCAAGAUAGCUUUAGGAACAUCCGAGUAUGAAAAUUUCAAGAUGAAGGCCGGAGAAUCCGUUCAAGAUAUGAACAAACGAUUCAACCUCAUUGUCAACAGUUUGAGUAAGCUAAAUAAAGUUUAUCCUACGAGUGAGAUUAACACCAAGAUUAUAUUCUCUCUUUCUAGAGAGUGGCAUAGUCUUGUUGUAAAUUUGUUGCCCAAAUGUGCGGCUGUUGAAACCUCCACCAUUUGGAGCAACCUAUACUCUGAUGAGCUUCUUUUGAAGAAAAUGAAGGAAGAAGAACAGGUUCCUAUCAUCAAGAAGACCAUGGCACUCAAAAUUGAUGACCAUCCGGAGAGCGAAGGAGAAAGUGAUGAGGAGCUUGCCAUGUUCAAGAGAUACAAAAAGUUUAUGAAAUGGAACAAGGUCGAAUCGUCAAAGAGAUUUCCACCAAAGAAAGGUAAAUCAAAUCAAAUAACUUGUUAUGAAUGUGGAAAUGUAGGUCAUAUCAAACCGGAGUGCCCAAAGCUCAAAAAGAAGGAAGAGCUUAAAAAGGUGAAGAAGAAGGCAUUGAAGGUCCCUUGGGAUGAUUUAAACUCGGAUGAAAGUGAUAGUGAUCAAAGCCAAGAAGAAAACGUGAAUGCUUGCUUCAUGACUUCAAACGAUGAGGAAGAGGCUUUCGCCGACCCACAUAUCAUUGAGGGGAGGACCCUAAAACAAGAUGACAUCCCGGUUCCCGUUCUUGAACUCAUUCAAGAACAAGAUAAUCAAGUCGGGGUUUAUGAAUGCACUCUCCUAUAUUGGCUCCUCACUCACAAGAAAAUCAAUCUCCCCUUCAUGAUCCUAAGACACAUGCACGAAUGCUCCGGUCGCCAAAACAAACCCUAUGGCAUGCUUCUUACCCACAUCUUUUCCAAGAGGGAAAUUCUUGAGGUGCGCCCUUCUCGUGUCCACUAUCUUGACGCGGAGUGCCUUGGCUAUUGUGGCCUUGUAAAAAUUGGAGAGGAGUAUUGCAUGAAGAAGGAGUUUCAAAAUCUUGAUGAAGCGACACGAGCGGAGUAUGGUCCUAGGCGUUCCAUGUCAUCUUUGCCUUCCACUUCACGAGCACCCCGAGCCGUAGCUGAAGAAAAUGCAAACACAGAGCUCCCCGUUCGUUCUCCUCGGGUCAAACGCUCAAAUUCGGUGUCUCAUGCUUACUCGGACUUUCUCUUGCAUCGUCACUCCCACAUGGCCUCCACUUCAAAAAAUCCUUUCAAGAAGUUCAAGAAAUUCAUUCUCGAGACCGUGGUGGCUCCAAUGAGGAAACUUCAGGAAAGCCUCGAUGACCUCUCGGAUCGGAUAAAGAAGAUGGAAGACCGUGAGAAUCACCAAAAACAAAAUGAGGAUCAUGCUUCUAGACGUCGUCACUAAGUGUUGAGCAUUUGACAAUAUGAUC